CACAAAGAAGCACCUCGCUCCUUGUACUUGGCAACAUCUUCAACCACCACCUGCUACUUAGCCAAUCUUGGCUUCAUUGAAAGCCUUGCAGUCCUCCAAGUGGCCGCCUGCCCCGCGUAUAUCUGCCUCCAAGCCGCCUUGGUAGACGAUGUCGCGUGUUUAAUGACGGCCGACGCGCCCCAAUGUCCUCGCCCACGGCUUUCGACGCCAACGCGUCGCGCCCUAGGUCCGGCAUCCUGACUCCCUCAUCGCAGUGCAGCCUGAACCGUCGCGAUGGAGACCAGCGCAGCAGCAGCAGCAGCAGCAGCAGCAGCAGAAGCAGUGCGCAGCAAGGCAGUCUCCCCAAACGGACGGAGACCGCUGCCAUGGAUCAUCUUCUGAAGCCAUCCAUUGCUGUCAAGCCCCAUCCUCACAACUUGCACAUUCAGCCCCGCGUUCUGCUGCCCUUGAUGGUUCUGCCGCGGAAGCAUCUCCCAUUGGCAUACCUUGACUUGGCACCGUCUGACAAUGGCAUUCCCCAAUCGCGGUUCUACGAGUGCCACGUCAAGAUCCUCGAUCUCGAGAGCCGCGUUGGCUCGGAACCAAGCGUGCUGGUCGCCCGCAAUGACCCUACAGGCACCGUAUAUGCCCUUGAGAGGCAAGAAACCGGACUCUACGUCGUGUGCAAGCUUGGGCCAUGGGUAGAUCUUGGUGCUUUAGCAGCCAAGGCGACUGCGCUUUCACGGGAGCGGCUCUGGCCGGCACGACCAGAACGAAAGCAAGAGGAUGAAAUGAUAGCUGUCACUACUCCUCAGCUUCACAAAGAUCAGAAGAACAAGCGGGCUGCAAUCGAGGCCAUCCAGUCUCUCGUACGAAAGCGGGCCAGAUCCCAAUCCGUCUCUACGUUCGACGACGCCACUACCAGGGGCGACUCGGCCACUGCACCUGGAAAUGAGCUGCCGUCCCCAGAACUGAAAUCGGAACAGCAGAUCCAGUCUGGACCUCCUGUGGUCCCACCAACGACGGCAGAAGCUCCAGCGAACUUGAACACGUUGCUGGAACAAGAGCCACAAAACACUGCAAAACACAUCUUCGACAGCAUUCGUACCCAGUAUUUUGAUGCGCUAUAUCGGUCUAUGGGAUCCCUAGCCUACUUUGCCAAGGGCCCAUUGUCUCGCGCGAGAUCAGCUUUCCAUCUCGACUUGGAAUCGAGUUUGGAUAUGUCGGAUCUGAUCGAGUUUCUCAAGAGCCUGAUUCUCACCACGGUGCAGAUUGACAAGAAAUAUAGGGAGACAAUCCCAGAGAUCAUAAACAAGAUGGGCGACCACAUCAACAGCUCAGACGAGGGCGGCAUGCGCAAGAAGAAGUCCAAGAAGAUGAGACUUGGCAAGAAUGGCCUCUAUCCCAUGGAAGAGGAUAAUGUGCGUAGGUGGUGGGCUUCCAACAAGCCGGAACUGAGCGACGACCAGACCACCUUUUCGGCCGCGCAAAUCAAAUCGCACGCGUCCCUACUUCGUACACGAGAGACGCAGCUGCAGAUGAUUCUCAUUCUCGAGAUUCUAGCCUUGGAGCCUUUGAAGCCCAACGCGGACACGAGCGAUGCCUGUCUACCUACGCUACCUGGGACCGACCCCAAUGCGGAGCUUCCAGAGAUGGCUCCCCCGCCAAAGAAGCGCAACAAACACAAUCUGCCAAUGUUAAUAGACGUCCAUGCGGACCGGCUCACCAUCUGGCAGUCAACGUCUUUCGAUGAUAUACUCUUACUCGGAGACUCCCAGAGGUCACAAGUCUCCGUCGACGGGCAAAGUCAGAUGGCCUCGUCCGAGCCGCUGAAGGAUUUCUGCGUCGACGUCAUUGUGCCAUUCUUCUCCGCUCGUUUGCCUGAGCUGUGCGAUUCCAUUAAUCGGAAGCUCGGAGGACCAGUCAUCAUCUCGCCGCCAAAGCCGAAAUCAACCACGCGUUCGAGCAAACGCGAGCAGCAAAGGCCGGGAGCAGCGGCCAAGCGUCCAGCGGCUGUCAGCAACCCCCGAAGGACGUUGCAGCGCGCUCUGUCUACCGAUCAACAGCACCGCCGAAGUGUCUCGCGAGGCCCGAGCAACGCCAUAGCGCUCCUGCGCUCUGCAACAUCGACUGCCGUUCCGGGCGUGAAACGCGAGGGCAGCGAGCCUGCCCCUUUGAAAUCGAUUUCUAGCGGGGCACUGAAUCAGACUAGGCAGCAACGACCAUCAGUCCUCCGAAGCAGUAGCAUGACCAAUCUGCAAGAGAACAAAGCUGACAAGAAGGCACUGGUUGAGGCGGAGUUAAAAGACGCCAUUUCAGCCUUAAGGAAACCGAAUCGAGGGAUCGUCGGGAAGGCCAUGGCUGAGGCCGAUGAGCGGCGCGCUCUGACAGGCUCUUCCGCUAAAAAAGUCAAGAAGGCAUCUCGGGCUCUCGGCUCGACUAUCGUCAAGGCAACACCGGCCAAUAAUCGCUUCUGGGACGCCCUGGCAGCGAAACGCGAAACAAGUGCGGAGUGCGUUUACAAAUAUGAUGAGCUGAUACCCCCGUCCAGCGCUGGCCCUUUGGUACCAUCCACCGCUUCCUCAAUGGGACACAGAGACGCAUGCAUUGGUAGCACGUCGCCGGCGAUGGAGCUGGUAGGAGGGACGCCUGUUCGACCAACUUCACAACCGAGCUUCAGACGGCGGCCGGCCAACGAGGAGCCAGCCAUUCCCCCAUCCUCGCCGUUAAUUGAAAGGAAGGCAACUAACGCCGAUGUACCUUCGAUGGCGACUGGUACGACCGGAUCACACGAAAGACUGGGCUUCUCAACGCCGCGAAGGAGCCAGGUGUUGUCAACGCCGAUCAAAAGAAGCGCUCUAGACCCCCAAGCAAUCACUGAGAGCCCUGGGCCAGAAUUUCGGUCCCAGAAGAAUGUCUCCAUAUAUCAACGACUUGGAUGGGAUGAUGACUUUGAUGACCUGUAACGCAUUGGCACGGCACGGCAUAAGAGGAGAUAUGUUGGCGUUCUGUUGUUUCACCGGCAAGGGUAUGAUGGCACGCGACGGGAUAUUGGCAUUGACCUGGCGCAUGUACCAUGGGAGCGAGCGAUUAAACUGCAUGGGUAUACGAGUAGCUCAUAUAUAAGCAUAGCCCUGUUUCACUGGGUUGCCCACGACCCACAGGACUCUUGGCUACAUAUUUGAAGAUUCAGGUUCAGGCUGCUGCUGGUUCGACCAACAUGGUGGGCAAGUCUCUGAUAUCAACGUGCUCCUGAGAGCCUAGGUCCACGACCCGUAUAGCGUCAACGGCUACAACACCCUCUCUGAGUGCGAGAAACUGCAGCUCAACGACAUGGCACGCCCCAGGAGCCAAGGGACCUACCCGAGUAUCACUACUAAGACACACAAGAUCGAUGGUGUCGACCACCGAGCUCUUUUGCAUAGCAUGCAAGACGUUUUCGUCCAGCACCGCAUCGGCAACCUCCUUCUCUCCUUGGCGUCUGGAUGCGGUAGAAGGCGGUCGAACAGGCCUCGAAUCAUUGCGCCGCCGUUUCGGAAUCGCGACCAGGGCGAGCUUACGCGGUGGUCGGGAUGUCUUUUCGGCGGUUCUGUUGACAACGUAGACGGCCCAGGAAAAUAUGUCGCCAGCGCGCACGGGUUCGCUGGGUCCUGUGAAUGACAUGGUUAUGCCAAGAUCAGGAAGAGACGCCUCGGUGCGUGUGGUGGACGCUUCGAG